AUGGAUGGUCUUGAGCCAGUCGAUCUUUACAUGGUACGCCAAGCAUCAUUUACCUUUUGGCAUAUUUAUCAGGGAAAAGAAGUCGAGAAGUUCUGGCGUUCAGAAGCCACUUCCCGGGCACGCAGGACAGGUAAUUUCGUGAAAGCAGCCACCGUCUUGCGAGCCAGACAGCACGCUUUUUGCUCCCAGGGUCUGACAAGGAGACUUUCGCGUGCCACCUAUCGUCAUAAAUAUUACCAAUACACUAAGCAGGAUGAAAUGCAUUGUUCUCGCUGUGAAGUGCCCUACAGGCACUUGGUGUUCUCUGCCGAAUAG